AUGAUAGACUUUACUCACCACUUUCCAUUAAACUCCCCUCACUACUCCUCCACUCUCCUCAUCACUAGCCAAAUUCCAUCAGAUCUCCUCCAUUCUACACAGAUCUCCUCAGAUCUCCUCCAUUCUACACAGAUCUCCUCAGAUAUCCUCCAUUCUACUCAGAUCUCCUCAAUACCACUCAGAUAUCCUCCAAUCCACUCAUUACUUCUCAAAUCUCCUCAGUUUCCAUCAAGCUCUCCUCAUAAGUCUCAGCUUUCUCUCAUUCAUCAAACCUCUAACCUGAUUUCAUUUCUCUUAGGCUCUAGUUUUCUCUUCCUUAUCAUUUUAUUGUUUGAAUAA